AUGCCGCGGCAGAUCAGCCACGAAGUUCUGAAUGCAUCCUCGCUGGCCGUCCAUUUCUCAUCGAUCCCGGACGAAGGUUGUUACAAAGGUGCAACUCUGAAUGCAGUGGAUGCCUCAGAUUUUGGAGAAGGCCUUCUCGCCGAUAAUUACGUUCAAGGGCUCCUCGACUUGGACAACCACCAGGCUAUAGACGGCGAGGGAGCCUAUCAAGACCCAAACACGCCUGAGAGGGUCCAGUUAUUCCCCCGGUUCUCCUUCCCGUUCGCUGAUGCGGGCCAGGCUCGCAGAGCCGAAGUGGCACCCGAGCUUACUACUCGAGAGUCGCAUGACUUACCCCUUUUUGACCUACACGAUGGCCCUGGUGGUCUGCAAGAUCAGAAUGGCAGUUGUGCAGAGUUAGAAGCUUUCUCUCGUCGAUUGGAACAGCUGCAGAGCGAUCAGACCUCUUUAGAGACGAAGAAGUUGAUGUUCUCUGUGAUUGUUGACAAAAUCCUCCCAUAUCGAUAUGGCGACGGUGCAAGUUCUUUCCCCUGUGUAGCGUUCUACGAAACGCUCCUUUACAACGAGGCGAGCAGUGACGUCAAGAAGUUCGGUGCAGAGUGUGCCGCCUGGUUUGGCCAACUGACAGUGGAGGAGGCCGACCACUACGCGGCAACGAUCACUGAAUAUCACCAAUCACUGCGCUCGGCCGUCUCUACCUGCCAGCAGAAGGUUCCAGCGAGCGAGAAGAAGAAGACGCGGAAGUCAGCCAAGACCUCUCGUAUCACUGACCAUCAGAAUCAGUUGCUCAAAACCGAACUUGAGAGGCCCUUGACAGUUGGGUACGAUGCACUGAUCGACGACCUCGAGGAGGCUUCGAUUUUGGAUAGGGCCUAUUUGCAGCAUUUGCGCCAAACCUUCACGGCCCACGUUGAGGAUCCUUCUUGGCCCUCGACAAGGGAAAAGCGCCGCGCAUAUGUGAAGCAGAUGUGCGAGGCUAUUUUCGACAUGCGAGACUUCCAGGAGAAGAAGUACGCGUUGGAAAGGUUGGCGAAGCUGGAGACCAAGCGCGGCAUCACUACUGAAGCCGAUGCCAGAGACGAGGCUGGUUCCUCACGAAAGUGA